AUGCCUACCAAACCCGCAAAGGCUAUGACUCUGCACAGUCGUCUGAAAAGGGAUCGAGCAUUGGAGGAAAGGUAUGGGCAACGUCCGUACAUGGGACAAGUAUAUAGUUGGAUGAUGAAAGCCCCUUGCGGACCAGAAUUCGGACCGCCCGUGCGAUUAGAAAGGAUCAGAGGAGACAGCUCAAAACGGCGGGCGUUGCUUCUAGGAGACGGGCAGAUGCAAGAGUCCAUGGGCGACCAAGUCUGCAUAGGGGCACUGGACAUACAUGAUCGCAAGCCUCUCGAAGCUCUCGAGGAAGCCCUGGAUUGGUUCCCGGUCGAACGCCACAAUGUCGUGCUCACGGUGGCAUUCAUCAAGGCGACGGCAGUUCCCUUUGAAAGGCGAUCUCCCAGAGAGCACGCGGUCGUGGCAUUGUACUCGCACUCGGGAUUGUCCUUGGAUGUGGUGAUGAAGUUCGAGGAUGGCAAGGCCACGCUGGCUGAGCUGGAGAGGGCUCCUCGACUGCCAGAGAUCCACAGCAGAAGUCGCUCGGAGUCGGAGAAGGCAGACCUACCGGUACGCAGAGAUUUUGAACAAGGGGCCUGCGCCUCCGGUUCGAAGCAGCCGAGACCAGGUAGUGGCCGGCCGUUGAAAAAUGCGCAAGGUUUCGGGGACAUUGGACUCAUAUGCAUCCCGAUUCCCGGACGAUGUUGA